AUGUUGAAUACAGUUGGUGAGCUUGGUGAAGGAAAGAUGAAGGGAGGAAGGAAGAAUUUGAAGAGGGCAGCAGCAAAGGAACAUGACUUCACACUUCAAGGUGGGCAAAGCAUAAUGCAGGUUUUAUCUCUUCGAGGUUCCAACCUUAUCGAGGUAGUGGGCACAAAUGGGAAGAAGUCCUUGGCUUUGUUUCCAGCUAAGUUUCAGAAGAGCAUGUGGAUCAAGAACAGGAGCUUUGUCAUAGUGGACGACAGUGCGAAGGAAAAGGCGAUGGAGUCAGGCAGCAAAGUGACCUGCAUUGUUUCCCAGGUUCUCUUCCACGAACAACUCCGUACACUGCAGAAAUCUCCUCAAUGGCCAGAAAUUUUCAAGUCUACAACUGUGGACUAUACAAAUGGUAGAAGCUCUAAUGCGAAAGUCCCAAGCCACGAAGUAGACGAGCUUAAUUCCUGUGAUGAAGAAGAGUACGACGACCUCCCGCAUUUAGAAGCUAACACGAACAGGAUCCAGCCACCAUUUUUUGAAGCAGAUGCUAAGACAGAUACUGAUUCUGAUUCUGAUUCUUGA